UCCGCGGCUCUCCGUGCUGCGCGGGGCAGCCCGUGCCCGGCUCCGCGGCCCUGCGCCGCGCCCCGCCGACCACCAUGUUCAGCGUCCUGAACUUCCUCCGGAGCUUCUUCAAGGCUCCAGAGCCAGGCGCACACCUGCCAGGUGAAAGUGAGAUUGAAGAUAAGCAGCUUCCCCCUUCUCCUGCAGAAGCGGAGGACCAGGGAUGGAGCCAGGAAACAGACCAGGAUGAUUUUGAGACACUGUCCCACCAGAGUGAAAGUCCAUCCAACACAGAGACUGACUCCUUUGAAAGUGCUUCCGACACAGAGUCCCUGCCUGGCAGUGACACAGAGGGAAUCUGCCUCCCUCCAAGUGGUACCCCCGGGGACAGAGAAGGAUGCUGUGGAUGCUCCAGUGUCCCAGCAACCAGACUGCGUCCGGAGCAGCAUGCAACUAGUGUCCCUAAGAUUGACCCAAAGGAAGAUCUAGAUUUGCCUGUUGACUUCAGGGAAGACUCUUACAAAAGUGGGUUCCAAGCCUUUGCUGCAGUUGCUGGAGAAGAAAAGACACAAUACCUCCAGGACAGCGAAGCCAGCCUGGAGCCGGAGUCUUUGCUGGCAGGGGCUUCUCACCGCACAGAGGGCUGCUCGCAGGGUGCCCCGGGCAGCCACAGUCCCCAGCCAACGGAGGUGGUGUCCACACAAGCCCUCCAGGGGCUCUCGGUGCUUGCUCGUCAGAAAUCCAGGUCUGAGAGCUGUCUGGGCAUCCCGGUGGUCUGGCCCUUCCUUCUCUGGUGCUGUGAGCUGGGCCAGAGCUGGCCACACACCCACAACAGGGCCAGAGGCCCAGCGCUGCCUGCCAGAGGCCCACCGGACAGCACAGCCCCUCUGGGAGCCAGGACAGGGGCAGGCGGUUCCUCCGGCUCCACCGGGAACACAGUCGCGCUCUGCUCCCAGCCCUGCUUCGCUGCCCACUGCCAGCUUUCUGUAGGCACAUCUUGCCUCCUACAUGCUAGGCUUUGCCAUAGCACCCCAGAAAAUAUUGGUAACAAGGGCAGGGCACCCCUAGGGCACUGCUGUCAGCACACAAGGACCCUGAGCAGGGCCCACUCCAUCGCAGGGUUUCUGCUAAGACACCCUGAGGAUCCUCUGGGACAGAAGUUUGUGAAGUUUGGGACCUAUCUGAAGGAAGGGACAGAGGCAGAACGGGAUCCAAGGACGCAGCGCUCUCCUCACCCUGCUCCCACCCAGCUGUCUUAUUUGAUUCCUGCUUCCCAGAGGAGGGCUCCUUGUUUGCAGGAUCAGAACAAACCCAGUGCUUUUAGCUGGAAAAGGCCCUCUCAGGACACUCCCUCUGAACAUCUCUGGCUGGAAAACCAGUUGGGACAGGCUUCUCAGCCCUGCCCGGUCUAUUCAUGCCUCACCGUGGAGUUGGUGAGCCUCAGUGCAGAACAAGCGCCUGUGCCUAUAGAGCGCAGGUUGGAACCCGUCCUGGGAGGCAGACCAGAGGGACGCGAGGGCCCUGGCCCCGCCCCAAAUGCUGCCGACCUGCGUGAUACACAGACGCACCUUCAGGACAUUUCUGCUGAGGCAGGAAACCAAACCAGUAAUUGCACAUCAAAGUAUGUUCUCCCUGAAAAGAGAAAGCCACCUGCUGGGGCCAAAUUCCCACAGGUGUUGAACCUUGCCUGGAUGGGUUGUUCGGGAGUGAGUGAGUGUUCGGACGCUCCAGAGACGACCUUGAAAUCAAGUGCAACAGAUACUUCCAAGGACGCAGGAGAUGUGAUGGUUCUAGACGCCAAAUGCACGAAGAAUGCGUUGCAGUUCUCAGAAAUAACAGCUGCCACGGCGUGUCGGUGCAGCGACGAGCGGGAGGAGGGCGACCCCGGGCAGGCGGCUGGAGCUCUGCCCUGUGCCCGGGCCGUGCGUCUGGAGCCCGGAGCAGACGCGUCCCCUGGGAGGGAGCGCGCGCUCACCGUCACAGCUGUUGAGCAGAAAGGUGUACAGGCCACUACGAGGAAGGUGGGUCCCCUUCCGGGAGCACGGUCCUGUGAGUCUCUGGAGGAGAGGCCCGGACCCCCGCGCGACGCUGGAGCGACCCCCAGAGAGCCUCCCAGAGCGGGGAAACCACGAGCUCGGAGCAGGGCGUGUGAGCGGCGCGCGGCCCGAAGCCCGGGAAGUGACCGCGGGGCUCUUCAGCGGGUGGCCCGAACCGCAGGGCCUGGGCGAGUUCCGGCGCCCCGAGCUGCUCGGGAAGACGGGCCCCCGGACCGAGAGGCGCCCUGUUCCCAGGAGCCCGCCGCGGGCAGGCAGAGCCCAGGGGGCCCUGCGGGAGGACCACCGCCGGCGGCGGGCCUGCCCACCGGGACCGGAGCGGGCGGGGAGAAAGCUGACGGGGCGCCCGCCCCCGGGCCUUUGGACACACGCGGGGCCCCGGGCCUCCAGCCCGCGAGGGGCCGCGAGGACGGGAGCGGGGGGCGCGGCGCGGGGGGCGCGGGGGGCGGCGAGGCCCCUGCGGGAAGCGCUGCGGGAGCGGCCACGGGCCCCUGCGCCCCGGCCCCGGUCCGCGCCCUCGCGCUCCAGCCGCCCGGCGGGCUGCGCGCGGCUGUGCGGGACCCCGCGGAGCGCCGGACGUUGCGCUCGCAGGCCUCGGCCGCCGGGAGCCCGGGAGGGGGCGCCGCGGCGCAGGGACCCGGGCGUCUGCAGCCCCCCGGCCCCAGCGCCUCGCCCGCUGCUUCCUCGGGCCUCGCGGGGCGCCAGGCAGGGCGCCCGGAGGACGCACCCGGGGGCCUCGGCCCCGGGACGCCGUCUCCAGGCGACUGCGGCACCCAGAGGCUCAAAACCCCCGACAAAAGGCUCCGGGCAAGGCUGGCCUUGGCGCAGAAGGCCUUUGCAAGUUUUUUUGACUCCAAAGUUUUAGAGAAAGAGAACCCCGCUGGACGUGGUGCGGGUGCCGUCCCCGGCUGGAAGGAGAGGGGCAGGCUGCGCCACAGCUCCUGGCUUGCGUUUCUGAAAAGCAAACACUCCGAAAGUCCCCAAAAGCCCCCCUCAGGGAGUCCGGGUCCAGGGUCGGAAAUCCCCCCUCCUCGCAGACCUUCCCCAUCGGGAGCCACCGACCACUGUGAGGAGCAGGCGGAGCAUCAAGAGAGCUGUGUGUUUGGGGAUCACUGGGCACCCCCGCACGCCCCCGCACCUUUGCCAUCCGGCGAUUUGGUCUCUCCAGAUAUCAGGAGAAAAAGUGAGCCAACCAUCAAAUGUACGAGCCCUGGGGAAAGUGGUAGGUACCUGCCUCCAGGUAUCUUCCCGGAAAAGUCCUGGCUGGCAUCACCCUCCCGCGCUCCUGCCCCGCAGACUGGGAUCAGCCACACCUUCCCCUCCAGCUCUGCGGGGUGCUUGGCAUAUGGAAGCCGAGGGAUGCCCUGCAGACCCAUGAGCCCCAAGCCCAGCAGCCCCAGGGCUGGCGCGCAGCCGGCAGACUUCCACUACCCUGGCAAGGGCAGCGCCAUCUCCAUGCUUUGCCUGGGAAACUACAGCGAUGUGGGCAGCAACUCAGAGGCCCUCGAAAGACCGAAGGUCCCCAGGACCCGGACUAGCCUCCUACUUUCUCUGCAGACGCUAGACCAGCAUGACCAGGAGGAGCAGAAGGGGAAAGGAGGCCAGCACUGCAGUGGCCCCAGAACAGCACCCUCCCCCAGGGACCUUCCUGGGAGUGAGAGCCACACCCCAGCAGAAGAACCAGGCAAGAAGCCCAGCAGCUCCCAUUGUUGGAAAGCUUUUCACGUUGAGCCAGCUCAGAGGACAUUCUCUUCUGCUGAGAUGGUCAUACGGACCCUCCCCUCCAUCUCUGCAGAGGAUGUCUGCAAGGAGACCCCUGCCCAGCCCCGGAGCAUCCCGCAGCACCCACCCGUCAGUGCGGAUGACCUGUGGCUGGAGAAGACGCAGCGAAGGCGGCUGAAGCAGGCCCAGGCUGGCCGGCAGAUGCACGCGGGCACGGCACAGACAGACGGAGGCCACUGUUGGAGGAAGAUGGCCAUCACCUCUCCAGAGUCUUUGAAGCUCCCUAGAAGAAAUCACCCAUUCUCCCAGAGUGCCCCAGCAGGGCUGAACUCCACGGGCUGGCCAGAGCACAUACCUGACAGUGCCGUUCCCGAUGGAGCCCUGGACACGGCCAUCCGUGCUGAUGAGGCGGGGAGCGAGGAGGACCUGUACGAGGACGUGCAUGGCUCCAGCCACCACUACAGCCACCCUGGAGGGGGCGGAGAGCAGCUGGCCAUCAAUGAGCUCAUCAGUGAUGGCAGUGUGGUCUGUGCUGAAGCACUCUGGGACCAUGUCACCAUGGAUGACCAGGAACUGGGCUUCAAAGCUGGGGACGUCAUCGAAGUAAUGGAUGCCACCAACAGAGAGUGGUGGUGGGGCCGUGUCACCGACAGCGAGGGGUGGUUUCCAGCCAGCUUUGUGCGGCUGCGGGUGAACCAAGACGAGCCCGCGGACGACGAGGCGCUGCGGCCGGGGGACGGCCGGGGCGAGGACAGCGGGAGCGAGGCGCAGAGCGGCAAGAACCAGAUGCGCACCAACGUCAUCAACGAGAUCCUCAGCACCGAGAGGGACUACAUCAAGCACCUGAGCGACAUCUGCGAGGGCUACAUCAGGCAGUGCCGCAAGCGCGCCGACAUGUUCAGCGAGGAGCAGCUGAGGACCAUCUUCGGGAACAUCGAGGACAUCUACCGGUGCCAGAAGGCGUUCGUGCAGGCCCUGGAGCAGAGGUUCAACAGGGCGCGUCCCCACCUCAGCGAGCUGGGCGCCUGCUUCCUGGAGCACCAAGCUGGCUUCCAGAUCUACUCCGAGUACUGCAACAACCAUCCCAGCGCCUGCGUGGAGCUCUCGCGGCUCACCAAGCUCAGCAAGUAUGUGUACUUCUUUGAGGCCUGCCGGCUGCUACAGAAGAUGAUCGACAUCUCCCUGGAUGGCUUCCUGCUGACCCCUGUGCAGAAGAUCUGCAAGUACCCUCUGCAGCUGGCCGAGCUGCUUAAGUACACGCACCCCCAGCACAGAGAUUUCAAGGAUGUGGAAGCUGCCUUACAUGCCAUGAAGAACGUGGCCCAGCUCAUCAAUGAACGGAAACGGAGACUCGAAAACAUCGACAAGAUUGCUCAGUGGCAGAGCUCCAUAGAGGACUGGGAGGGGGAAGAUCUCCUGGCCAGAAGCUCAGAACUCAUCUACUCGGGGGAGCUGACUCGAGUUACACAGCCACAAGCCAAGAGCCAGCAGAGGAUGUUCUUUCUCUUUGACCACCAGCUCAUCUACUGUAAGAAGGACCUUCUCCGUCGGGACGUGCUGUCCUAUAAGGGCCGAGUGGACAUGGACGGACUGGAGGUGGUGGAUCUGGAGGACGGGAAGGACAGAGACCUCCACGUGAACGUCAAGAACGCCUUCCGGUUGCACUGCGGCACCCCGGGCGAGAGCCACCUGUUGUGCGCCAGGAAGCCGGAGCAGAAGCAGCGCUGGCUCAAGGCCUUCAGCAGGGAGAGGGAGCAGGUGCGGCUGGACCAGGACACAGGCUUCUCCAUCACAGAGCUGCAGAGGAAGCAGGCCAUGCUGAAUGCCUGCAAGCAGCAGGCCGCUGGAAAGCCCAGAGCCCUGGGCCGGCCGUACUACCUGAUGCGCCAGAAGCACCCAGGCCUGCCUGCCUGCCUGCCCCAGCAACAGGUCCUGGUGCUGGCCGAGCCCAAGCGGAAGCCGUCCACGUUUUGGCACAGCAUUAGCCGGCUGGCACCCUUCCGCAAGUGAGCUGGCGCCCUGCCGGCAGCACUAUCUGCAUCUGCCCACGAGCGGGCCCCCAGCUUCUCCCGGAGGCCCCGCAUCUGGCCCUCUGCCUGCAAGUGAGCAGGGCUGAGCAAGGGAGUCGCUCGGUGCCACUGGCAUGCACCAGGUUCUGGGCCCCCGUUCUUGGUUUCUUCUCCACUGUGGAUCCAUGGAAGACACCAGAUGGAGAGAUGCGGCCCCACAGCACAUGCACCCCCACCACCCUCUGGACUUUUGUGGAGCCUCCUGGGAGCCAGAGCUCAGAACUACUGACCAGGCCCAUGUGCUUGAGAAGACUGGUGGCUUCGGACCCCCUUUGGACAACUAAUCAUCCCCCCUCCUGUUCUCUCUGGGCAGGAGACCACUGCUGCCUUCGGCUGCCCACAGAGCUGGGCUGUGUGCCCUUCUGCCCUCACUCUCCUUGCAGGCCCCCAGCUGGCGGUGCCAGGCAGCUUGCAUCCCUGGAGGGUGGUAAGCAGGAAUUCCAUGCACAAAAACGUCUGGCCCAGAGCCCACCAGUUUUGCUUCCCAUCCCCUCUAGACACUCCUGGCUGCUAGAUCCCUCUUCACUUGUUUGUUUAUAGUGGAAGGAAAACAAAACUGCAGGCAGCUGCAUACUUCUGUCAGGGUUUGUGACCCGUCCAUGGGUAGCUGUGAGUUCCCUCCAGAACCUGGUUGGUUGUUUUUGCUUGGAUUUUGUUUUACUAACAGUGGGGAAAAAGAAUUGUCAGUGACGCAGAAAGACCGCCUUAUCCUAAGUGAGUGUGAGAAGCCAUGGGUCUGGAUUCUGCAGCCCAGCGUCGGGCUGACGGCGCAGCCAGGGGCCCGUUGGCACGUGGGCUGGAAGAAGGCCCACGCCCGCUGAGGAGGGGCGCCCGUGGGUGCACAGCUCGAACUGCCCCUGGCUUGUGGGAAUUCAGCAGCAUGUACACUCACUCUUGCACUAUACCUUCUCCAAGCCAGAAGCCGCAUUUAAUUUCAUAAAGAAACGUGUAAAAACCA